ACGAUUGAAUUAGGGUUUUCUAGUCUCAGGAGGAGGAGGAAGAAGAGGAGCAGCCAGCAGCCAGCAGCAACCAUGGUUCUCAAGACCGAGCUUUGUCGUUUCAGUGGCCACAAGAUUUACCCAGGGAGAGGAAUCAGAUUUAUCCGAUCUGACUCUCAGGUGUUCUUGUUCAUUAACUCGAAGUGUAAGCAUUACUUUCAUAAUAAGCUGAAGCCUUCCAAGCUUGCAUGGACUACCAUGUACAGGAAGCAGCACAAGAAGGAUGCAGCUCAAGAGGCUGUGAAGAAGAGGAGACGUGCCACCAAGAAGCCGUACUCAAGGUCUAUUGUUGGUGCUACCUUGGAAGUUAUUCAGAAGAAGAGAGCUGAGAAGCCUGAAGUUCGUGAUGCAGCAAGAGAAGCUGCCCUUCGUGAUAUCAAGGAAAGAAUCAAGAAGACAAAGGAUGAGAAGAAGGCAAAAAAGGCUGAAUUUGCUUCAAAGCAACAGAAGAUUCAGGCUAAGAUCCCCAAGGCUGCUGCCAAGGGAGGUCCUAAGUUGGGAGGUGGUGGUGGCAAACGCUGAAGAGCCCCAACCAAAACCUUAUCCUCUCACUCUCUGUUUUCUGCCAGUGGGCUACUUUGUUUUAGUUCUGCUUUUUAUUUCUUACUUUUUGCAACUCUUAUAAUCUCAGACUUGAGAAGUUUGGCUCCUAUGAAGUUCAUUUCCUUACUCUUUUGACUCAAUGUACUCAUCACUAUAAUCGUGAGUCCUAA